CCUGCACGGGAGAAAAAUUUGUGAACAAAGGAAAAAGUUUGUGAACAAAGGAAUACACAGAAGCAAACAGCGAAAACACAGAAGAUUGCUCAGCUCACGGUCAAGAUGCAACUGAUUUAAGGAGCUGAGAAGAUAAGAAACCCAGCCACCCAUCAAGAAUGCCAUUCACCAAAGAACAGAAAAUUUUCUGUGUGGUUAAAAAAACUGAGAAAAACUCCUUCAAAUAUGCAAUCGCUCAGUUUCGCCAAAAAUAUGAUCAUAACAAAUACCCCACAAAAAUGCAGAUCUAUCGCUGGGUAAAGAAGUUUGAGACUGCAGGGACAAUAGAUGAUAUGAGGGAGAAGUCUCGUAGCAGAGUUGGCAGAAAACUCACUGUAAGAUCUCCAGAAAACAUUGCUAGAGUACAGGAGUCAGUGGGACGUAGUCCCAAGAAAUCUCUCCGUAAAAGGGCCCAGGAACUCUGCCUAAAAAAAUCAUCAGUAGGGGAGAGCGGGGUAAGAUGAGCCACUUUUUACAUUUUUCAUCAUAACUACAUGUUAAAGCCAUUUUUGCUUCCAGUCUACACACCAUACCAAAUUUCAAAGUGUACUGUUACUAUCUGAGCAAAAAACAAUUGAUAAGCUCUUAUGGUUAGAGUGAUAUUACCUCUUAAAAAAAAUGUCAAGUGGCUCAACUUACCCCAUGCACGGGGUAAGAUGAGCCACUGUGUGGGGUAAAUUGAGCCAACACAAAACAUGUUAGGUUAACAAAGUAAAAAACUUUUAUUAUUAGAAAUGCAAUCAGUGAAUCAAGUCAAGUCAAUCAAGUGGGGGAUAGGGCCGUUGCAUAGAGAAGGGGAGAUGAAGAGAGAGGUGAUAGAACGAGAUGGGAUAGGGAGGGAUAGAUAGAUGGAUAGAGAGAGAGAUAUGCGUAGAUAGAUAGAAAGAGGGAUGGUUAGAGAGGGAAUGAGAGAUGUACUAUAUUAUAGAAAUUAUUAAAACAGUAGAACAGUGCCAAAAAAAUCUUAUUUCUUUCAGUAGGUUAAAACAUGCAGCAAUCAUUCCAUCCAUAAUAAUUUCAUCAUUAUUCAAUGUUCCAAGCGUUCAAAUUGCAAGGGAACACCAUUUGCCUCUCCCUCCGUGCUGUCCCCCCAACAGUAAAGGGGCGGGGCAAUUUUUUCACAAUAUCCUGUCUUGACAGGACAGCCUCAUCUUUCUCUUUGAAGACAAAGGUUGGCUUUCUUGCAGAGCCAUGGCAUGACCGGCUUCUUUUGAGAAAUCUUGCCUCUAUUUCGAAGACAUCCAAUUUGAUUAUCUGGCCAAUGAAGAAAUGCACUUUCUUCUUCCCCGUGAAUUUUGCCACAACGUAAUCCCCCACAUCUAACAACUGGUCUUCCUCAUCUGAUGUCAUAUAUAUAAAAUGUGUGUGUCAUAUAUGACCAGUAAAUGUGAAAACUUAAGUGUCAUCCAUAUUGGGUAAGCUCAGCCACCAAUGGGGUAAGUUGAGCCAGUGGCUCAACUUGCCCCACAUCUAAUGGCUCAUCUUACCCCGUGGCCACCAUUUUGUAGAAAAAUGCUAAUAAAGGGGAUUAGGCUAAUCAAAAUUAUUUUUAUUAGCAUUCAUAUCAUAGCUUAGAAAGCCACUAACUUAACCCUAAUGUGUCUAAAUAUUAUUCUACUUUUGUCUUCUCUAAAUCAUCUUCACUGUGGACAAACAUGGAAUUGACUUAGAAAGCACAAAAACACAUUUUUAUAAAUAUCUCCCUCACCUAGUUUGACAUGUGGUGCUCCUCUCCACAAGUGUAAGUAAAUGGUCCCGGCCCCCUUUGAAUGUGGUCACAUGGUCACAUUUGUGUACUGUUUCUUAGAAACAGGGGGUGGCUCAUCUUACCCCCUGGCUCAUCUUACCCCGCUCUCCCCUACAGAAGAUUCUGAUCAAAGACCUCCAUCUUUACCCUUAUAGGAUACAAAUCAAACAAAAGCUGACUCCUGCUGAUAAAGAAAAGAGAGUUGUCAUGUGCCAAUGGUUCUCUGAGAAGAUCGAAGAGGAGCCGGACUUCCUGGACGACCUCUGGAUCUCGAACGAGGCCCAUUUCACCCUGGAAGGCCAUGUGAACAGUAAGAACAAUGUGUUCUGGGGCUCAGAGCCUCCCAAUGAAGUACUCCAAAGACCUCUUCACUCUAAGAAGUGUACGGCAUGGGUAGCCUUAUCGAAACAUGGCGUAAUUGGCCCAUUCUUUUUCGAGGAUGCACAGGAGAAUGCUGUCACAAUAACCAAGGAACGCUACCUGGAGGUCCUCCACAAGUUUUGGGAAGAAUUAGGUGUCAGAAAUAGGAGAAGAGGUGCAAACAGGGUGAAGAGGAAUAUACAGUGGUUCCAGCAGGAUGGGGCCACCCCUCAUACAGCCACUGUCACUCUGGACUGGCUGGACAGCAAGUUCCCUGGUCGUCUCAUCAGCCGUAGGCGUAAUCCAGAAUGGGCACCUCAUUCCCCUGAUCUGAACCCCCCAGAUUUUUACUUGUGGGGAUAUCUGAAGGACAGGGUAUACAAGGACAACCCCAGGACCAUUCCAGAUCUCAAGGAAGCAAUCACCAGAGAAAUCCAAGCUAUAUCAAAGGAGCAGUGCUGCAGGGUCAUGAAUCAUUUUGCUCGGAGAAUCCAAGUGUGCCUCCAGCAGAACGGAUCCCAUCUGGAGCAUAUUAUCUAAAUGACGAUUACUUUGUAGCCAGUAGAGCUAGAGACUUGUAGUUUUCAGUAUUAGAUUUCUUAACUUCUCUA